AUGUCUUGCCACCGCUCGCUGAUUUAUACAGGUAAUUGGGGAAAACGUGCCAUUAGUGCCAAUCAAAUUACUUAUCCAAAUCCAUCAUACCAAGUUGAAAAUAAUCCGUAUGAUUUAAGACUCUUACAACUUCUUAGUCGUUCGUCCAAGCCAAAUGAUAUAGUGAUCGCUGCCUUUAAUAAUAAUGAUCGUAACAACAAUCAAGCUUUGAAUGACAACUACGUAGAAGAAAAAUUAAUGAGCGAUAUUGAUGAUAAUUUAAACCGUAUAAAACUGGUAAAUUGA